AUGACCACUCAACCACUCCACACAAUAGUCUGUGAUAACGGCACUGGAUUUGUAAAGUCUGGUUUUGCUGGUAACAAUUUUCCAGUUGCAACAUUUCCUUCCAUGAUUGGUCGUCCCCUAUUACGUUCUAAUGAAUUCAUUUCUGAAGAUUAUGAAUUGAAAGAUAUUGUUGUGGGUGAUGAAUGCUCCAAAUACAGAGCUGCUUUGGAAGUUUCGUAUCCAAUAACUAAUGGUGUCAUUACUGAUUUUGAUGAAAUGUUGCAUUUGUGGGAUUACACAUGGAAUCGAUUGAAGAUUUCACCAAUGGAAAGUCAAAUUCUCUUAACUGAACCUCCAAUGAAUCCAAAGGCAAAGACUAGACAAUUAGUCGAAACAAUGUUUGAGCAUUAUGAAUUUUCAGCAUUGUAUAUUGCCAUUCAAGCUGUUUUAACAUUAUGUGCUCAAGGAUUAGUGACAGGUGUUGUACUUGAUUCAGGUGAUGGUGUUACUCAUACAUUACCAGUCUAUGAUGGUUAUUGUUGUGAACAUUUGAUUGGUAGAAUGAAUUUGGCUGGAAGAGAAGUUACUGAUCAUUUAAUCAAUUUGUUAUUGAUGCGUGGAUAUUCAUUUAAUAGAUCAGCAGAUAUUGAAACUGUUCGUCUUAUUAAGGAGAAGUUUUGUUAUGUUGCCUAUGAUUUACAAAUGGAAAACAAACUAAACUUGGAAACUACUGAACUCAUAAAGGUUUACAAGUUACCUGAUGGAAGAAAGAUCAAAAUUGGUGCUGAACGCUUCCAAGGUCCUGAAUGCUUGUUAAAUCCAAGUAUUCUCGAUAAGGAAGAUGCAGGAAUGCACAAGCAAAUAUUCGAAACAAUCAAUAGGGCAGAUUUGGAUUUGAGAAUGGAUUAUUAUUCGCAUAUAGUAUUAUCUGGAGGUAGCACAAUGUUCCCUGGUUUAUCUUCACGAUUGGAGAAGGAAAUUACUUCACUCUACCUUGACAAGAUUCUAAAAGGUGACUCUGAAAGAUUGAAAAAGUUUAGUUUGAGAGUUGAAGAUUCACCAAGAAGAAAACAUUUGGUAUAUUGUGGAGGUGCUGUUUUGGCAGAGUUGAUGCAAAAAGAGGGAUCAAAAUUCUGGUUGACUAAGCAAGAAUAUGAGGAGCAAGGUUUUGCAAGGGCAAUCAAAAAGAUUAGACCAAACUUUUAA